AGAAGCCAAAAACAAAACGACUCGCCAGAUGCACGCACCCAAAUUUAAGCCCUGGUGUAAAUUGAUCUGUGAGAAAACACAGAAAGAUGGGCGGUUAAUAUGAAAUAUGAGUCAGUGGGACAUUCCAGGUUUCGGGAUUGAAAUCGUUGGUACGGCAGCUGUCAUUGAGUACGUACCUUUUUUUAGAAUUUUUUUUUUUUCCUUCUUUUCUUUGGAACGAUGAUCCUUGCAUUGGCCAAUUAGAGGCGAUGCCACAUGCCGUGCAAAAUGGUUAGUCAUCCUAUUGUACUCUGCCGCCACCAACGUUGUUUCUAGGAUGCUAUCAACGUCUUACAGGCACAAUGACACAAUAUCUGGGGUAAUCCUUCAUUAUUGCGUUUCUGCUAUUGAGUUGGUAGCGCCCAAGUUGUCAUUUUAGUGAAAAGGCCCGCAUCAGUUGCAUAAGCUCAGCAUCAGGGAUCCAACCAGAGCACAAGGCCAAAGAAUACUUUAAUUAUGAGCUAAAGACGAAUCUAAAUGGAAAUAGAAGUAGUAGAAGAUGAUAAGAAUAUCAAAUAUAGCAGAUUGGUUCUAUUAGAGUGGACGAGCUAUAUGGACAUGUCAUAAGCUAGGCUGAAAAGCACUAGGUUAGUACAUGAUUUGAGUGCCUGUGCCUAUACUACUAAACAGUGACGAGUUCGUUCAGGAAUUGGCAGAAACACUUUUGGAGCUCUUUUAUUUCAUACUCUUGGAAUAUAUUCCUGUUAAAGACACAAGAAGAGAGUAUUGUUGUUAUACUUGGCGGGUUGCAUCAAAUCUCAUCCAUGUAAGCAGCACCUCCAUCUACCCCUCCUAAAAAGACCCCCUCCUCCCAAAGCCCAAGCUCAAGGUACAUCACCCAAGUAUCUUUUCUCAACCACCAACUGCUUUUCCUCUCCCAAGCUCCAAACUUCAAGUAAACAAAAACACAAACCCAACCAUCCAACAACCCACCAAAAUGUCCUCCGCCGACGCCUCAGACCAGCCGCCCCUCCCCAAAAACGCCGAAGACCGCAAAGCCGCCUCGGCCCUCGCCUCGCUCGAUACGCCCUCGGACGCAGCAGCCACGCCCUCCAACGACAACGUCAACUCCGAGGCCGUCUCCCAGGCCAUGCUCAAGCUCGGCGACGACAAGGCCAAGAAGCCCGCCGCCAACACUGCUUCUGCUGCUGCUGCUGCUGCUGCACCCGCGGCGGUUAAAAAGAACGUCAAGGUCGACGCCGCGGACGUGGCCCUCGUGGUGGACGAGCUGGAGGUGACAAAGGCAAGGGCGACGGAGCUGCUAAAGGCACAUGAUGGGGAUGCUGUUGCUACGCUGAGGGCUGCAGCGAGAGGAUGAGC